AUGUCCAAGAAACAACAACUCGCUAAAAGAAUUGAAGGAAUUGACAAGAAUGUUUGGGUAGAGUUUGUUGGUCUCGCAUUGGAGUACAAGCCAGUAAAUUUGGGACAGGGUUUUCCCGACUUUGCAGCUCCACCUCAUGUAGUAGAUGCCUUGGCAAAGACAGUUACUAGUUCAGAUCCCAUGAUGCAUCAGUAUACUAGGGGCUAUGGCCAUCCUCGUCUUGUGAAAGCACUGGCAACCAUGUAUGGUGGACUUAUCAACCGAGAAAUAAACCCUAACACAGAAGUACUCUGCACUGUUGGUGCUUAUGAUGCAUUGUUUUGUACCUUUAUGGGAUUGAUUAAUCCAGGGGAUGAGGUGAUCAUAGUGGAGCCAUACUUUGAUUGUUAUGCACCGAUGACGAGGUUAGCAGGUGGCGUACCAGUGUUCAUUCCUGUCAGACCAAACCAAUCCAAAGUGGAUUCCACCAAAGAUUUUGUUUUGGAUCCAGACGAACUUGCGAGUAAAUUUACAGAUAAGACUAAAGCCAUUAUUUUUAAUACUCCCAACAAUCCAUUGGGAAAGGUAUUUCACCGCAAAGAGCUAGAAAUGAUCGCAAAGCUGUGUAUCGAACAUGACGUUAUAUGCAUCAGUGAUGAAGUAUAUGAAUGGUUAGUGUACGACGGAAUUGAACAUAUCAGGAUAGCGUCUUUGCCUGGGAUGUGGGAUCGCACAAUCACAGUGGGCAGUGCAGGGAAGACGUUCAGUGUCACAGGUUGGAAGGAAGCUGCUGCCAUUGCAUUUGAGACGGAAAUCGCAAGACUUGACAAACCAGACAGUUAUUUCAAAGAACUUCAAAGUAUGUUAUUUGAGAAGCGCGAAAGAAUGGCUAAAUUACUGACAGAUGCUGGGUUAAUUCCUAUUAUACCAGAAGGAGGUUAUUUCAUGAUGGCUGACGCUACAGACUUUGCACGUGACAUUGACUUGAAUGACCCUGAACUUGGAGAUGGUCAAAGAGAUUAUAAAUUAGUUAGAUAUUUGACCAAGAAGAAGGGUAUUGGAGCUAUCCCACCAAGUGCCUUCUACAAUCCUGAAAACAAACAUUUAGGAGCAAAUUAUAUCAGAUUCUGCUUCAUCAAGGAGGAAAGUACAUUGGACAAAGCUGAAAAAAUCAUUAAAGAAAUGAUGUCUGUCAAAAAGAAUUAAUAAAGAAUAAACACAAUAUUAAUAUUUUCUGCAGCAGCAUUAUGAAUACAGUCAAUAAUGGUUUGGCAAUAUGUAGUCUAUUGGCCAAUUGCAAGGAUCAUUCUUGGCCAAUAAAUAAUUUUGAUUUUAGACUAAGAAAAUUUGAAGCAUCUGAUACUUUUUUUUAUAUAUAUAUAAAAUGUC